GUUUUGCUGAUCUGCAGUGCAUUAAGCAUCCAUAACCGGCACAGGCUGGUUGUUUUGGGAAAAUCAAUAUCAGUCGGGUAUACGCAGUACAAAAAAAAUAGCCUUUUUGCGUUCAUUUUAGCCGCCAUAGUAUUCUUUGUCCUCGAAACCGUUUAUUCAUUGUUCUUUCAGCAUUUCAGAGAAAUUAAAGCUUCGCUUAGAUGACACUCUUAUCUAAGAAUGCUACACCAAAUGUACUACACCAUGGAGCCGUUAUGAUAAAUUCAGUCAAGAGCAGUCGUAACGACUUGAGUUAGAAAUAAUCUUUUGGGUUUCGAGAUGGUUUUUCUCUUGGGGGUCUCACUCCCAGACCACAAACCCGUUAAAUAUGCGCUGACAUCUUUCUAUGGAAUCGGUCGCAUUACAGCAGAAGCAAUCUGUGCUCGGUUAUCUUUCCACGAUACCCUAAAAAUACAAGAUUUAACUGAAACACAAUUAACAAGGCUUUCACAAAUCUUGAACGGGAUGACUUUAGAAAGUGAUUUAAAACGUGAUGUUCAAAAGAAUAUCGCAAGAUAUGUACAAAUCCGUAGCUACAAAGGUUUGCGGCAUAGUGCUGGACUCCCAGUUCACGGACAGAGGACAAGGACAAACGCAAAGACCGCAAAAAAACUAAACAGAAUAACACGCCGGUACUCAACGUUUAUAACUUGCGCACCGAGAUCUGCAGCCAUGUUAUUAGAAAGAAUCACAUUUCCAUUUUUAAGUAUACUUAAAAAAACAGGUUGAUCAAAAACAUUCCUUUCCCAAAUGGUAAAGAAACUACAUUACGAAUAGCCACGAGAAUGUACGAGUAAUCAGAUUAUUAUAGUAUUUUACAGUGUGAUUGUAUGAGAAAAGUCUGAAAAGAACCAAAUACAAUUAGCAUCGUAAUGGAAUAGCACGUGCAGAAAGCAGAUAAUCGCUGAGGCACAAAAUACGAAUAGAUAUAAACAUUUAAGUUGUUCUGAGUUCGUCAAACAAUAUAAGCCUGCAUCUGAAGUUACUCCAUCAUCAUUAAAAAAUUUCUUUUCUGCUCUUGCUCAACGUGUUUUAUAUCAAUAAAGUUAGAUUGAUUGAUUCCUAAGGAACGUCAGACAUAAUAUUUUUUUGUCUUGGAACACCGCCGGAUGACUGCAAAGAUGAGAACUGUUGCAUUUGCUGCCGAGACAAUGGAACAGUUGGAGAACUCAUUCCACGAUGAGGAGUCCGACCUUGAGCAUGGUACUGCAUUAGCAAAGCAGCAUUUCGUUGUGCCUGCACUUGCUGUAAUUGUGCUUCACGUUCAGACUUAAGCCUUGACAACUCCAAAGGAGAAGGUACUGGUGGUGGAUUUUCAGUGUUUGCCUUUGGCCGAGAUAUAACUUUUCUUGACAAUGCUGCCUUUUUUGCUAACUCUCGUUUUUUUAUAACUUUUCUCAUUGCGUCAAAGAUUAAUGACUGUUGAUAAUUUCUCGAAACCGAAGGCAAAAGCAAAGACGAUGCCUUUGUGUUGGCAGAGAGGUAAUCCUUUAUUGCGUUGUUUAUAUGUCGUUCACUGUUUGUAUUGGAUGAUGUCAAUUCAUCAAGACGCUGUUGAGCCAAGCGAGCAUAGGUGCCAACGAGCUGUGCGUUUGCAGCUUGAGGAUCAAUCUGAACCCAACGCUCAAAGCAGCUCCACGCUGUCCGCCGCUCUUUAGCCGUAAUAUAUAAACCACUUGGCGUAAGCAAUCGAGACACAAAGUCCCAGUUAUAAGAAUAACGGUUUAGUAAGGAAAGCAACAAUUCGUCCUCCUCCGGGCUCCACGAGGCUUCCGACGAGUCACGUUUGAAAGGAGGGCAUGGCGGCCUAAUGGUAAGAAUAAAAUGUAUUCGCUUCCUCCUAUGUUCGUUGAACUCUUCAGACUCAAUAACUUCUCCUCGAAAUUGUUUCGAAUGAAGUUCAGGCAAAUGCUGGGACCGUUUUCUAGGCAACAAAUUGCAUUCCGACUUUAGUUUUGUUUUUGCCAGGGAAAAGCGAGAGAGGGGUACGAAGGGAAACUGGUCGACGGUAUUAAUGUAGGAAUCAUUAGAGGGAUCUGGGGGAGCGUAUAAAGGAACUGAAUUUAGAGCAAACAUGAUUUGAGGGUUUGAAAUGGUAACCAAAGGUUCAUCUGAGGAUG